CUCAGGAUGCCUGUGGAGACGCGAUCAAUCCGAGACAGAUCUGCAGUGGGUCGGUUUCCAGCUGUCACUCUCGGCUUUGGGGACGACUCAGAGGAAGACAUUGAAGAGCCAGAGGAAACCAAUGGCGAGAAAGAAAAUGCAUGUCGGAGGUGGUUUCGUAAGGUCUGCCCGUGCUGCUGUCCCGAGCCAAAUGACGAUGACAUCACAGACACUUUGGUCACAGGGAUUGAUGAGCUGGAAAAGGAGGAAGGGAUAAAUGGCGAGAAGCCUGAGACUGGUGCCAGCGAGCUUGAUGAACUCCUCCUGAAAGUGCGCUCAAUAGACCUGAUGAAAAGCAAAUCAGGAGAGAACCGCAAAGAGCACCACACAGACCUCUACCUAAGUGAUGACUUUAUUAUUCGGAGGGGACAGACUUUCCAGAUGUGGAUUACCCUGUCCAGACCCUUUAACCCCAGCACCGACAAACUUCACCUCGAACUUAAAACAGGGCCACUGCCAACAGUGGCAAAGGGAACACAUGUAAUCAUCCCUUUAGUGAAGGACUUGGAGGACGUUCGUUGGGAGGCUGCCAUUGUGAAACAGGACGACAAAAGGAUAAAGCUGUCGGUGAAUUCUGCCCCCACGGCGGUCAUUGGUCGAUACCAGCUCAUAGUGGAAACAGAUUGUCCAAACGGCCAGGCCAUUUCCACACAUGACCCUGCAAACGACUUGUACAUGUUGUUCAACCCAUGGUGUGAAGAUGACACAGUGUUCAUGGAUUCUGAAGAGGAGAGACAGGAAUAUGUCCUGAAUGAUAUCGGACGAAUCUACUACGGUACAAAAAAUCAAAUUGGAGUGCGGACAUGGAACUAUGGACAGUUUGAUGAUGGGAUUCUUGCUGCUUGUCUCUUUGUCCUGAAUAAAAGUGGAACUCCUCCAUCUGGUUGGGGAGACCCGGUUAAUGUGGUGCGAGUCAUCUCUGCCAUGAUCAACUCCCCUGAUGACCGCGGUGUUGUGGAGGGAGACUGGUCGGGAGACUAUUCAGCUGGAACUAGUCCAACAGUUUGGAGUGGAAGUGUUGAAAUCCUACAUGAGUACCAUAAAAACAGUGGCGAGCCCGUAAAGUAUGGCCAGUGCUGGGUCUUUGCUGGUGUAUUCACGUCAGUUUUACGGUGUUUAGGCAUUCCCAGUCGAACUGUUACCAACUUUGACUCAGCUCAUGACACGGACGUCUCCUUGACAACAGAUGUAUACCUGGAUGAAAACAUGGAGCCUAUAGAACAUUUCAAUACCGACUCUAUCUGGAACUUCCACGUAUGGAACGACUGCUGGAUGGCUCGUCCUGACUUGCCCCCAGGCUACGGAGGCUGGCAGGCUGUCGACGCUACACCUCAGGAGACCAGCCAAGGCACUUUCCGCUGUGGCCCUGCUUCUCUCGCUGCUGUCCGCAGCGGUCACGUCUUCCUUAAGCACGACGCUCCGUUUGUGUUUGCCGAGGUGAACAGUGACAAAAUCUACUGGCAGAGGAACAUAGAUGGCACCUUUAGUCAAAUCUACAUUGAGAAAAAGAUAAUGGGCCACUUUAUCAGCACAAAGGCUGUUGGCUCUGAUGAACGCAAUGAUAUCACUGACCUCUACAAACACCCCGAAGGCUCACAGGAGGAACGCAUCGCUGUGGAAACAGCAUGUAGCUAUGGCACCAAAGCAGAGGCCUAUUCCCCUCCCACAGCAGAGGAUGUGUCUGUAGAAGUGACCAUGGAUGGUGAAGGACCAAGAAUGGGAAAAGAUGCAGAGCUGACUAUCGUGUUGCGAAACAGCAGCUCAGAGCAGCGCAAUCUCUUCCUGCACAGUCAGGUGGCAGUCAUGUACUACACCGGCGUCCACAAGGCCACAGUCAGAAAAGACACGACAAACGUGGAAAUUCUACCCAAUGAGGAAAAGACUUUGGAGUGGACUUUGGAGUACAACGACUAUAAGAACCAGCUGAUAGACCAGGCCGCCCUGAUGCUGACACUGUCUGGCAGGAUCAAUGAAACACAGCAGGUCUUGGCCACUCAGUUCAGUUUCCGGCUCAGCACCCCAGACCUCACCAUAAAGCCGAUUGGGAAGGCCGUGGUCGGGGAGAAGAUGUCGGUAGAGAUUUCAUUUACUAAUCCACUACCACAGGUUCUGAAAGAUGUGAUAUUUCAUGUGGAAGGACUGGGCCUCCUAACUGCUCGAAUGAUUCAUUAUGGAGAUAUUGGCAGUCGUGCCUCCGUGUCUCUGACUGAGAACUUCGUUCCCACCUUGUCUGGACCGAGGAAAUUACUGGCUUCACUGGACUGCAAGCAGCUCACACAGGUUCAUGGUGUGACUGACAUCACUGUGGGGGAACAAAGCAACGGCACUCUAUAGGCAUUUGAAAGUGACAUUUUAAUUCUGAAUAUUUUUAGUUAGUGUUUAAAUCUACAAAAGUAUGACACUGCACUGCUGCUUUAUUUUGCAUGAGAAUUCAAAAGAAUGAUCACUGACCAAAGAGACACAACUGAUCAUGAAACAUCCAAGAAACAUGUAAAGAAAACACUUAAUAGUACAUGAAUACAGUAUUAGCUUACUCGAAACUCACUACAUUUAAACAUUGCACAAGUUGGACCAUGGGGAAGCUUAAAUGUACUUAUGUAAAGACAGAAUCUACAUUCAGAUCAUGUUUUGUAUUUGUAAAUACAAUAUAUGUAUUUUUAUUUUGUCUACUUUGCUUUGUGUUUACAGUUAGAUUCUUUUAAAAAUAUAUGCUCUGUUAUUGUUAAAGAAAAAGGAUCCUAAAAUCUGUAAUAAAUUAUU